AUGGCAAAGUUCGAUGAGUACCGCUCGUGGGAGCCUAAAGCGUCCAAAGAGGUAUUCAUCGCUCUCUGUAAAAAGAUCAACAUGAUCCUGAAAGAUCCGUUCCCUCCGCAGGGCACGAUCCGCAACCUCCUGCAGCAGCAAUUCCCCGUGCCUGCAGGGACUUCCCCACUGGAGACCGAACCCACUUCUGCGGCCGUGGAGCGGCAGAGCGAGAAAGCUCUGCCUUGUCUAGCGUGGUGGAGAGGGAAGCGGCGGUCCGAGGAGGCACCUGACCCGGGGAAGAGCACCGUGACGUUGACUACACGCAGCGGCAGGGUGAAUCCCUGCCGUGCCUCCGCAAAUGUUGAUGCAGACGUCCUACAAACCUUAACGAGAGAAGAUUUAAAGGACCUCUUUCCUGGGCCGGAACACUUUCGAAGAAGAAAAGCCAUUUGGGACCUGGCCCACCCUGUGGAGCAGGCAACAGAAGAAAGUGGGACUGACUGCCUGCAAUACCCCACAAAAGAGGGGCUGCAGGCCAUGGCCAGACGAAUCAUGGACUACUAUUCAAUGGUCGCUGACUGGGCAGACACCAGCUGUCCAUGGUCCGAUAUCUUCAAGAAGCUCAACAAGAGACUACAAAACAUCAAGUCUCCACAAAAAUGGCAAGGAGCUACACCAUCGAGAGGCAAUGGGAAAAGAAGACGCCUUUCUUUUGAGAAUACUACAGGCAAGGAACUCACAGACGAGGGAGAAGAGCCGGUCGUGGACUUGAGCCCGUGUGCUUCUAAAGUCUCUCCAAGUCCCAAACUGCACGACAGCCGGAUUGCCCAGGCCAGACACUAUAAAACACUGCAAGAAAUGUUUCGAAAGCCAAAACAAGACAAGGAGGCAGUUGCUCAACUGUUGGAUUUAGAAUUUGAAGCAAGGAGAAACUUCAUAGAUGCAGACCUGCUAAAAGAGCCGGACAAGGCAGCUAAGAUAAUUGACGCCUAUCCCUGCUUCAAAGACAUUGACCAUGCCCUCGACGAAGUGGGGAGAAUAAUUGCCAAAGGACAGCACAACUAUGCCAUGGAGCUGAGAGAGCGCUGGGAAGUCUUCAAGCAAAAAUUAAUCUAUGCUGUUUUACAAGAAGGCAAUGAAACCACCGAUGUCACUUUCUAA